AUGAACCAGAACACUUCUGUAAGUACUACAGAUGAACUUUCAAACCCAACAAAAAUCCAUAGUAUAAUUAUAGCUAAAUGGUCCAAGUAUUUAGUAUCGAAAAAUUUUGGCUACAACAAGAAUUAUGCGUUGUUGGUUUUCCUAUUAAACAACAACAAUGAAAAUUUUUUAACUUAUGGAAAGUCAUAUUCCAAUUUAAAACAAGAUUAUUACGAUAUAUUUAGAAUACCUCAAAAUAGGGUUAACUCGGAAUCACAUUACACUUACUCAUAUUACCAUUAUAAUUACUAUAACCUACUUAAUAUCACAAAUAAAGAACCCUCCAGUAAGAAUAUGAUUGUUUGUUUUGAUAAUGAACAAACGCAGUAUUCGUACAUUUCCAAAUUAAAUUAUUCAAUAUAUCCCAAAAUAUUACAAUAUACUAGGAAAGACGCUAACAAAAAUGAAAUAACAGAAUUGACUCUUUUUGAAAUAAAGUUCAACCAUCUCAUACAAAACUUUCAAGAAAAUUAUUCCACUGGCACAUUGACUGAUUCUGUUACACAAGCUUUUAAAAUUUUACUUCAGGAUUACAUUUACAGGAUUUUCCAAAUACUCUUAAGAAAAAAAGACGAUUGGAGAAAGCUGACUUGUAAUUGGCCCAAAAACUUUAAUCCACCAGAUUAUUGUGAAUUUAUAAGUUUUAAAAUUAAAGCUUUUUUAAGAGAUUUCUGUAAUAUAAGCUUUAACAUCAAUCUUUAUGAAAAUGGUUGUUGCAAGAAUCUUUCUGCUUUUGCUGUUCCCGAUUCGUUUGUGCAUUGUAUCUAUCCAGAAAUAGCAAUUGGAUAUGGGAUUUUAGCAGAUUUUGAUAAAGGAGUAUUAAUUUUUUAUAACUUUCUACAAACUAGCAAAAAAAUUAACACUACAUGUGCUAUAGAUAUACUCAACGACCCGGUAUAUACGACAUCCAAAAAAAUCAUUUUAUUUAUCAAUAUGGCUAUCAUAGAAUAUUUCAUUCAAACACAGGCCUAA